CCCCGCUUUAAAGACACUCUUCUGAAGGAAACUCCCCGCUAUAAAGACACAUUUUUUCCCCAGAACAUGGUGCCCCGCAGAUGUACAAUAAUAUAGGGGGGUAGCGUUUCCACUAUGCAGCCCCCCAAAAAAAAUUUGCUGGGGCAGCAAAUCUGUAAGGCAUUGUAACAUCGACAGCGGUCUGCUGCAGCCCGCACUACUGCGUGUGGGUAUGGAGAGAUUCCUCCCAUCUGCUGGCGGGUCGUCAGCUGCCGGCUUGAGGCCAUGUGGCGAACCCACGUGCCAGCAAAAGUCUCAACUCGUGUCAGCGAUUCACCAGUGCCCGUGCGGGCGAUCCAUGCACGCAUUUUGUGGUCGGGGCAUCGGAGAGGAAGGCUACGGACAGCAAAGAGAGUGCUCGGAUUGCCAGAAGAGCAAAGGUGGAGACCAGGCUGGCAGCAGCAGCAGUCCCAUGGAAGUGGUCAAGAAGAUGUCCUUGCCGGAGAGUGCCAAGGACUUGGACGCUAGGUCCAUGCCGCGAGUGUUGUCGGACAACUUGUUCGUCGAGAGCACCUCCGGCCUCACUGAACAAGAAGUGCGGAGCGCAGUGAGCACGUGGCUUAGUGUAGAGGACGAUGAAGAGGUCUUGAGGGAAGAGGUAGAACUCGAGAUGGAAGAGGUAACGGAGAACAUGUCAAGAGUACACGUCGAAGACGACGUGUCCAGUGAAGAGGAAGACCAGGACGGUAGGCAAGAGUCGUGCAUGACAUCUACGAUUUCAGAGGCCGAGGUUCGCUCUCGUCUCGAGGAUGUCCGCUCCUAUUUGUACGCGAACGGAAGAGACGGCGAGUACAGCGAAACGGUGUACCUUCUUUCGAAGACUGUGCAUUCGUUCACUCAUGAAACUCAAGUCAAGCGAAGAACGAAGGAGGGGGGUGAGGUGCAGGCGACUCUUCGGGAUGUGUGGGCGACGUAGUUUUUGGUGUUUGAGGACAACACACUCGGCAGCCCACAUUCAUUGUUUGGAAUUUUUUUGCCUUUCUCGUGGAGUUAAAUUUUGGCAUUUUUUGUUUUGUGUUUUUGCCUCGUGUUGACCUUUGGGGAAGAGCGGUGUUCUCUUUUCGGUGGGUUUGCCCGAUUUUUUGUAUGUUGUGGUCUGCGCUACCGACCGUUUCCUAGUGUCCCUCAGAUCCCUCUAAGGGGUCGACUGGGUUUGUUUGGUCCCUAUGUGGCAGGUAACUUGCGUGUAUCGUAU